AUGAAUUUUGAAAUUAAAUGUAAUUGGGGUAUAAACAACAUUAACAACAACAAUGAAAAUAGUAAUACGAGAAAUGAAAAAAAUUUAAAAGAUUAUAUAGUUUUUUUUAUAAAUGAUAAUGACAGUUUAGAAACACCUCAAGAACCAAUUCAAUUAAGUAAAGGUGAAUGUCAAGAAUCCUGUCAAUUGGAUUUAACAUUAUCAAAUUCGAAUUUAAUUAAAAUUCAAAGUAUUUAUAUAGAGUCACAAAGUCGUGUUCAAGAAUUUUUAAUACAUAAAUCAAAGGAAUAUAUAGGUACACAAAAAUCUUUAUUAAUCGAUGACUCUAAUCCAAAACUAUAUUCUACAGAGUAUAUACUACCCAAUAAUAUACCACCAACUACAGAUUUAUCAAUUAAAUUUUUAUCAUUAUUAAAUAAAGAAACAUUUUUAAUUUCAAAAAUUAUUUUAGAUUGUAAAAUAACAAAUAUAAAACCAGAAAUAAAUCAAAUAGAUAUUAAUAAUAAUAAUAAUAAUAAUAAUAAUAAUAAUAAUAAAUCUACAAUACCAAAUCCUAAUCCUAAUGAUGUUAAUAACCUUUUAUCUUUAAUGACAAUGUUAAAACCUCCAAGCAGUAGCACAACAAAUAAUCAAUUCUCAAUGCCACUUCAACAAAAUCCUAUUACAACAUCAUCACAACCAACAAUACCACAAAUAAAACCAAAAAAUGAAAAUGAAGAAAUUAAAAAAUCAAUUUUAGAAAGUGAAAAUAGAAUAAUGGAUUAUAUGGAUAAAAAAUUUCAAAUAAUAUUUAAUAAAAUGGAAGAGUUGGAAAAUAAAAUAAAUAAAAUAAAUAAUGUAGUAUAA